GGGGCGGGGGGGUGGGGGGCGGAUAGGCAUGCCCCGGACACUGAGCGCCUCCGACAUGAUCACCCCCAGCAGCCCUGGCACACCCCCCACCGAGCCCACGGAUGGCGAGCAGUCCGGGCAGCCCCUCCUGGAUGGGGCUCCCUCAUCAGCCUCCUUGGACACCCUGAUCCAGCACCUGGUGCCCACGACUGACUACUACCCCGAGAAAGCCUACAUCUUCACCUUCCUCCUGAGCGCCCGCCUCUUCAUAGAGCCCCGGGAGCUCCUGGCCCGCGUCUGCCACCUGUGCAUUGAGCAACAGCAACUGGACCAGCCCGUGCUGGACAAGGCUCGGGUCCGGAAGUUUGGCCCCAAACUGCUCCAGUUGUUGGCCGAAUGGACGGAGACAUUCCCGCGGGACUUCCAGGAGGAGUCGACCAUCGGGCACCUGAAGGACGUGAUGGGCCGCAUUGCCCCCUGUGACGAGGCAUACCGAAAGAGGAUGCACCAGCUCCUGCAGGCUCUGCACCAGAAGCUGGCCGCUCAAGGCCAGGGCCCGGAAGGCCUGCUGGGUGCCGACAAGCCCAUCUCCUACAGGACCAAGCCGCCGGCCUCCAUCCACCGGGAGCUCCUCGGCAUCUGCAGUGACCCCUACACUCUGGCCCAGCAGCUGACCCACGUGGAGCUGGAACGGCUGCGGCACAUCGGGCCUGAGGAGUUUGUCCAGGCUUUUGUGAACAAGGACCCUUUGGCCAGCACAAAGCCUUGUUUCAGUGACAAGACUAACAAUCUGGAGGCUUACGUGAAAUGGUUCAACAGACUGUGCUACCUCGUGGCGACUGAGAUCUGCAUGCCGGCCAAGAAGAAGCAGAGGGCCCAGGUGGUGGAGUUCUUCAUCGACGUGGCCCGUGAGUGCUUCAACAUUGGCAACUUCAACUCUCUGAUGGCCAUCAUCUCCGGCAUGAACAUGAGCCCCGUCUCCAGGCUGAAGAAGACCUGGGCCAAAGUGAAGACUGCCAAGUUUUUCAUCCUCGAGCACCAGAUGGACCCAACAGGGAAUUUCUGCAACUACAGGACAGCCCUGCGGGGGGCAGCCCAUCGCUCCCUGACUGCCCACAGCAGCCGGGAGAAGAUCGUCAUUCCCUUCUUCAGCCUGCUCAUCAAGGACAUCUACUUCCUGAACGAGGGCUGUGCCAACCGCCUCCCCAAUGGACACGUCAACUUUGAGAAAUUUCUGGAGCUGGCCAAGCAGGUUGGAGAGUUCAUCACAUGGAAACAAGUGGAGUGUCCCUUUGAGCAAGACCCCAGCAUCACCCACUACCUGCACACCGCUCCCAUCUUCAGCGAGGAUGGUCUUUAUUUGGCUUCUUAUGAAAGUGAGAGCCCAGAGAACCAAACAGAAAAAGAGAGGUGGAAAUCUCUAAGAUCUUCUAUUUUGGGGAAGACGUGA